AGAGAGACCCGACGCGCCUGUGUGACACACAGCUGAUCAGUCGGCCAGCGACGCACGGACGUUCGUGAGUGCGUAGGCGGCGGUGGUGCGCGCGUUCACGUGGAAUGACGGUGCUCUGACGACGGUGAGCCGAGGAAAUAAGUUCAUGUGUGCGUAUCGCGAUCGCUCCACGUUCUCUAUGCGCCUCGACGACGACGACGACGAGGAGGACGGCGACGACGACGGCAAGUUUGUCUGGCGAGGGCGGACGCACGGACGGGCGGUCGGGUCGAUUGACAGCCCGACGGGGUUUAUGACUGGAACGGCAGCGGGGAAGAACAAAAGUCGAGGAGAACGAAGGUGGAGGUACGACCAGCGACUCGGGACAAGGAGGAACAGCCUACCUCCUCAGUUUCGCGGGCAUUGACGCGCAUCCCGCCGUCAUCGUCGCGACACACACACGGCCGUGAAUAUAAUCGGAAGCGAGUACGCGCGCGUGCACAUCCGUGCCUGCCGAGUGAUAGGGAGCGCGCGUCACCAAAAAGAGAUAUAUAUACACACCCCGUGGCGACGAUCGGCCCCGACGUUUUUAUCCGCCAGCCGUGUGCACGGCCCUCGUGUGUGCUCUGUGUACGAUCUCGUGCGCGCCGUGAGCCGUGAAUAAAGGUCGAUGACGAUGCAACGGGUUCAAGAUCAGGACAAUGGGAUCAGCAUCAAGUUCGGCCCGGGCAAACCCCGGAAGGGCAACUACAGGCUGGUAUCGCAGAGCUCCGACAACAAAGGCGGCUUCAACGGGACCAAUAAGCUAGAGAAAGAUGCGAAGGAAGAGGAACAGUUAGUCCCACCGGACGGCGGCUGGGGGUGGCUGGUACUCCUGGCCUCCGUUAUGGUCAACCUCCUCAUCCCGGGCACUGUCAAGUCCUUCGGAGUGCUGUUCGUCGAAUUCCUCGAGGUGUUCGACGCGUCACCGGCGGCAGCUGCGUGGAUACCGGCGCUUUGUUAUUUCUUGUACAGCUCGCUGGGUCCACUCUCUAGUAUACUUUCGGUCAAGUAUUCCUACCGCACGGUGACUCUGUUAGGAGGAUCAUUCGCCGCGGCGGGGAUGAUGCUGAGCUAUUUCGCUAACUCUGUGGCCUUCUUAUGCGUUAGUUAUGGUGUACUAGUGGGCACGGGAGCAGGCCUGGCGUUUCCCCCAACUGUAUAUAUCGUGACGUCUUAUUUUGUACGGCUACGAGGACUCGCCAAUGGACUCUGCAUAUCCGGCAGUGCGCUAGGCUCGAUAUUUCUUCCGCCCGUUCUGGGCUUUCUUCUGAGGGAGUACGGUUAUAGAGGCGCGGUAUUGAUCAUGGGUGCAGUCACGCUGAAUGUUUGGGCGAGUGCGCUCUUGUACCACCCGGUGGAGUGGCACAUGGUGCCAGCACGGCCGUCGGCUGACUAUCACGAACCCGAUAACGGGGAGACCAUGUCAGUAACCGUUACCAGUACUCCGGAGCAAACGGAGAACGGUAACCACCAGCUGCUGUCGUCCGAUAAAUCCAACGAGAAGGCCGCGCCGAUCGUACCGAAGAGCGCGUCGAGCGUCGCCCUUGAGUAUUAUAAGAACACGCCGGUGCAGGGACGCACGAGGAAGAUCAGCAUGCCCACCGGGCGCGAGAUCAGCGGCCAGAUGCACAGCACGCCGACGUUGCACACCGUGCCAGAACGCGGGGGUGUCGUCGACGCCAGCGGCAAGUACUCCAAGGCGCGCUCGCCACUGCAGUCGCCCAGCGCGUCGUCCUUCAACUACGUCAGCACACCGUACCACGGCAGCACACUGUCGGCAUUGCACCCGGAGCGCGCGUCCACGUUGACCUUGAACGCGAUCUCCAGCACGUUCUCCAGGAAAACGACGACCGAGCGUCGCAACGAGAACGACGACGAUAGCAACAAGAACAAGUUCUUCGACUUCAGUCUACUCAAGGAUCCCAUCUACCUCGUCAUCCUCAUCUCCAACUCCACCAACGCCGUCAGCUACACUAACUUCGUGAUCCUACUGCCGGCCUACGCCAUCUCUCUGGGUUUCGAUAAGAGCGCCGCGUCUUUGUUAUUGUCCAUUGUGUCCAUGCUAGACCUGGUGGGUCGCAUCGGUGGUUCCGCCCUCUCCGACAUCAAGAUCAUGCCCAAGCACUGGUACUUUGUCGGCGGUCUACUCGCCUCUGGUAUCUCCUUGGCCAUUCUGCCCACUUCCAACACCUACACCAUGCUGUCCGUCUACUGCGGUUUCUUCGGCUUGGCGUCCGGGAUCUACGUCGGCAUCACCGCGGUCAUAAUGGCCGACAUGUUGGGCACCGAGAAGCUCACUUCGUCCUACGGCAUCUCGUUGUUCGUCAACGGCGUCAUUCAGCUGGUGGGACCGCCGAUUUGCGGCUUAGUGUUCGAGCAGAUCCGCAGCUACGGACCGAUCUUCAGUAUACUCGGCAUUAUCUUGGUGGUGGGCGCGUCUCUGUGGGCCACCGUGCCGUUCAUCCGGAAGCGGCAAGCGGCGUUGGAGAAGUCCGCCCGGAUAGACAAAGUAUAGUAGACCAAAUAAUAAACAAGGCACACAGUAUAGCCGAGUGAACGCUCGACACACGGCGCACAUGAGCUUAACCGCGCGAUGGUGGCUUCUCGAGGUUGCCAUGCCGAUAGUGUGUAUGUGUAAGUGCGUGUGUGAGAGGAAGAGUGAGAAGAUGUCUGUACAUUAAACUGUGAUGUUAACGUGAGUGUUGUAUGUACGACACGGCCGGGCCUCUCCGGGCUGAGCGGAUCACCGGCGAAACGAGGCCUCGAGCACCGAAACGUCGAUCACUCGGACAUUCGAUCAGGUCGAAUCGCUCAGUCCGGAGGCUCGUCUCACUAAUCGUCUAUGAUUAGCGCGAUCAACCGUUGGACAAUGAUUAAUCGUAGCAAUUCACAUUUAUAUCGCCAAACCAAACGGUAAAUGUGACAGAAUCUUACUACAUCGAACACUCUUGUAUAUCAAUCGUCUUGAGUAAUGACGAGUGAAUGACGACUGUAUUUAAGUAAGUAUGACUCGAUUGUAUUCGAAGGAAGAUUGAGGCUUUAUUUCCUUCUACGGGAUUAGUAUAUAUUUAGUCAAUUGAUUUAACAAAACUAACUCGCCGUGAUUCUUAUCGUGCUUGUGCCGGUAACUUUCGGUUAAUUUUAUAUGCCCACAGAGCGUAAUUCUCUAUCAUUUAAGAUCCUUCUCUUUCUUGCGACAUAAAACGACGCGCUGCAUGUGUAUUUCUACAGCUCUUCGCAAAAGGACCAUAAAAUAAUUAGGAUAUAAAUCGUUUUAUUUCCGUGCAAAGACGAUCUGUGAUGUCGCAAAACGAAAUCUAGUAUUACCAUACACAUGUGUACUAUUGCUUUGUGUCAAGUUUUAUUUUUUUUUUUAUAUAUAUAUAUCGCUGUGUGCUAAUCACGGCAGUAUCUUUUUACGUCUGAGAGGCCCCACGAUAUCUCCUGAACUGAAACAGGAUUGAGAUGCAAACAACGAUAUAAGAAUGAGACGCAUUUAAUGUAGGUCUGUGUACUUAGAACGGUAAAAAUACGAAGAGUAUUUAAAUGAGGAGUACUUAAGAAAGCAAUAUUGUAAGAUGUAUACACACAUACACCCACACAUACACAGAUACUUAAAGUUCCUUUUGUGUAUCUUCAAAACUUGGAAAGUUUUGGGAGAUAAUCGCGGUCUUAUCGUCCUUUGGAAGGCAUAUGAAAUAUAAAUGCAACGAUUCACUUUAUGUUAUCGGAAACCGAGAAGUUUCGACUACCAAAGUCGUCUUUGCUUUGUGUCAGCGAUAUUGAAUACACACGAUUACACCGAUUCGACCAUCACAUUUAUCACGAUGAUACACAUUUAUCGCGACGAUACGAUUUUAUAUACUAUUAAAAUCGACGUCGAGGACACUCCGAUGCAUGGUAUUCUCAUGCGUCGUGCGAGGUCGUUAAUGCACCUUCAAUAAGAGUGGAUUAUUUAGAAAAAUCCUUUUCGAGAGAACUUUUUUAGAAGCUAAAGGACACUGAGGUUCCUCACCUCGGAAACCGGAAGAAAAAAUAAAAUCUCCUGCCUUAUAUACUCUGGACGUGACAAAGAAAAUGAUCCUCUCUGAAAGUAACAUUUUUCCAUCUCUACGAAGAUUGUAUAUUCUAGUUUUACUCAAGUAUUUAGCGAAAGACAGAAAAAAAAACAGCGAUGCUGGUUGCACCGGGAGAAGCAACCACGGCAUAAUUUAGCGCACGUACCAAUUUCGUCUCUAAUAAGUCUAGGGUAAAGUAAAUCGCCAUGCAUUACAUAUGUAUAGUGUCUCUUUCUGAAGACUAGGGUCGUACGUAAAUACGAUCAUGAUGCUAGAACGAAGUAGGUCCCAUCUAACAGAGAACCAUUAUCUCGUUUACCAAAAAAGGAAACACGCGUCGCACGCCUUUCGACAAAGGCUGUCCUUUCCUCGCAAUCUGCAUCGAGAACAUUAAGUAAAAAUAAUCCACAUGAAGUGUAAGACUUGUAGCUG